AACAGCGCCCAUGAAAUGCGACCAUAUAUUAACCUACCCCCACCACGGGAGUUGAGUCUCCUGGUCCUCCUGGUCUUCUCGAUUCAGGCUAAUUCAAUAGCCGUCUAACCCAACAUUUAUAUUAGUUACGAAGUAGGAAGGAAAAUACAACGUUCGCGUCAGUCACGUUUUCUUGCGCUUUUUAUAACAAAUUUCCUUUAAAGCAAAGAAUGGUUGCAAAGUGCUAUUUAUGUGAGAAGGGAUGUAAUAAAAACAAGAACAUUGUUUUACAUCGAUUUCCCAAAUCAUGUCUACACACUUAUCAACAGUGGUUGAACGCGUGCGGACUAAAUGAGCGGGAUAAUGUGUCAAACGUUUAUAUUUGUACUAGGCAUUUCGAAUCCAGCGUUUUUAGAAUAAAAAAUACAAGACUAAGGUUACAUCGUGGAGCGGUCCCUACGAUAGAUGUUCUAAAUCCAGUUCUAAAACCAGUAGUGAAAGAAGAAAAGAUUGAAAAUGAUGCGACAGCGACAAACAUUUUCCCUAAAACAUUGGCAGAUAGCAUCACUAUUGAUUACAAAAGAGAAGAGCAAUUGACGUCGCAAAACAGCAAUAUUGAUACUGAAAAUAAUGAAUAUGAUAUUAAAGAACAAAGUAUACUCCAGACACCUGAUUCUGAAGAGCCUGAUCCUUUACAGUUAGAUAUUCCAGAUAUUGAUUACAAAAUAGAAGAGCAAUUGACGUCGCAAAAUAGCAAUAUUGGUAAUUGUAUUUUCCAAUUAAUAUUUUUUAUAUAAAUAUAUUUUUAUUGGCGUA